GACCGGACCCCCAGAUGGGAGCGGCGGGCGCCGGACCCUCAGGUGAUGGAGCGACAGGUCUCGGGCUCCUCAGGCGGGUGCGGCGGGGCGCCGGAAUCCCAGGUGUGGAGCGACAGGUCUCGGGCCCUCAGGCGGAAGCGGCGGGCGAGCCGGAUCCCCAGGCGGAGCGACAGGUCUCGGGCCCCCAGGCGGAGCGGCGGGCGCCGGACCCCAGGCGGAAGGCGGACAGGUCUCGGGCCCUCAGGCGGGUAGUAAGAGCGGCGGGCGCCGGACCCCAGGCGGAGCGACAGGCUCUCGGGCCCUCAGGCGGAGAGCGGCGGGGCGCCGGAGCCCCCAGGCGGAGC